AUGACUGUUCUAAAAGCGCUUGCCGCCUCCACUUUUAGGGUAGAUGCGUCCUCUCUUCUGCGCUCUGUUAUUGAGGGUUGUGGGUACCGGUUGGCCAGAUGGGCGUCUUCUGGAAGGCGGGAUUUCUGCUCGACUAGGGGUUCGCUAUGCCGACCAGCCAAAACGAUUUCAGAUAGCUUUACUUUUCUUUCUUCUUUCUAUGGUGUCCGUGAAAUCAAAAGAGCUCUCUGGACAAGACGAUACGGUGUCAUGGAUGUGAAAUACAUUCAGAUUCCCGAGGGCGCACCGACUCUUGAGCUUGGAGAGGAAAUUGAGCUUGGAGAGGAGACUGAGGAGAUUCCCGAAUUCUUCGAUGCUCGACAGAAAUGGCCGGAAUGUAUUUCAAUUGGGUGGAUUCGAGAUCAAUCAAAUUGUGGAUCUUGUUGGGCUGUGGCGGCGGCUGAGGUGGCCUCGGAUCGAAUGUGCAUCAAUCCACCAUAUUACUCUAUGAUGCUCUCAUCUGAAGAUAUUCUCUCGUGUUGUGGCCGUCAGUGCUAUCAACAGGAGGCCUGUCGGGGUGGUUAUCCAUUUGCGGCGAUGAAUUGGUGGAAGACGAACGGGAUCGUCACCGGCACCGAGUACACCGAUCACCAGGGUUGUCGUCCGUCCAUGCCCAGCUAUCCGAGAGACUACACACAGGAUAAAUACUUUGCCGAGGAAGCCUAUUAUGUGCCUGGAGAUGUGACAACGAUUCAACGAGAGAUCCUUGCACAUGGACCUGUGGAAGCCGCCUUCAGGCUUUUUCAGGAUUUCUAUCAUGUUGGAAAGAGAAUCUAUCAUGGUCAAGUCCCAUAUUGGCUAGCGGUGAACUCAUGGGGAGCCGGCUGGGGCGAUCAGGGACUCUUCCGAAUCCUUCGCGGAAACAACGAGUGCGGCUUUGAGGAUGGAAUUGUGGCCGCUCUGCCGAGAAGU